AUGGCACAACCAUGGUGCAGUGUGGCAUUGAUUCUUUGGUCUCUCUUCUCGCUAUCUGUUGCGGACACUUGCUGGCGUGAUACCUCUUGUUCUGGACCUACAAACACUGCAUUCAGCGGGCCAUGGGAAAAGAACAUAUACGCACCGGCGUCGCGAACAGUACGGCCAGUCUCAACCUUAUCAGAGUUAAAAACGAACGCUGUGACAGACUCCUCGCAUCGAUACAAAGCAAAAUUACACGGCAAUGGAUCACUUAUUGUAUUCGACUUCGGUAUUGAAGUCGGCGGCAUCGUCCAUCUAGACUAUACCUCCACCGGCAGCGGAGCUCUGGGGCUAGCAUUUACAGAAGCCAAAAAUUGGAUUGGAGAGUGGUCGGACUCAUCAAACGCUCUCUAUCAUGAUGGCGCGCUGUAUGCGAAUAUAUCGUCAACUGGGAAGGGUACAUAUAUCAUGCCGGACAAAUACCUGCGGGGCGGAUUUCGAUACUUGACCGUCUUCUUGGUCACAGACGAUUCAGGCAGUGUUCAAAUUGACGAUUUGAGCUUAGAAGUUGCGUUUAAGCCCACUUGGUCGAAUCUCCGAGCUUAUCAGGGGUACUUUCACUGCAAUGAUGAGCUUUUGAACCGCAUCUGGUAUAGCGGUGCAUAUACUCUGCAGACGAAUGAGGUGCCUGUGAAUACUGGUCGUGUUGCAAAGGGUAUUACCUCUGGGUGGGCAAACAAUGGGAUUCUCGGGCCAGGAGACACGAUUAUGGUUGAUGGUGCAAAGCGAGAUCGUGCGGUUUGGCCUGGUGAUAUGGGUAUUGCCGUGCCUUCCGCUUUUGUGAGUCUGGGAGACUUGGAAAGUGUAAAAAACGCUUUGCAGAUCAUGUACAACACCCAAAACAAGACAACAGGCGCAUUUGAUGAGUCUGGGCCUCCAUUGAGCCAGAAGGACUCGGACAUAUCAUAUGUGAAUUGGGCCAGUUAUCUGCACGCCAUGGAAUAUAUUUAUGGAAAGGUGACUUAUCCCAGCGGGCUGCUGAAUGUGACAGGCACGCGAGACUGGGCGAGAUGGCAGCAAGGUUAUAACAACUCGGAAGCACAGAUGAUUCUCUAUCAUACGCUACAAACAGGAGCAUCUCUCUCUUUGUGGGCUGGAGACUCAGCCAAUAUCUCAAGCACAUGGAGCUCCCAGGCCGCCAAUCUCAAAAAAGCAAUCAACACCUACUGCUGGGACGAGUCGUACGGUGCAUUCAAGGACAACGCAACCGAGACCUCUCUACAUCCACAAGAUGCUAACAGCAUGGCAAUUAUUUUCGGUGUUGUUAACGAAGAGCGCACAGCCAGCAUUUCAGAAAAGCUUCUCAAGAACUGGACCCCCAUCGGGGCCGUAGCUCCUGAGUUGCUAGAGAACAUUGCCUCAUUCAUAUCAUCUUUCGAGAUACAAAGUCACUUCAUUGCUCGCGAGCCUGCACGUGCACUGGAUCUCAUUCGUCGUAGCUGGGGUUGGUAUAUCAACAACCCGAAUGGUACAGAGAGCACUGUGAUUGAGGGCUAUCUAAGGAACGGAACUUUCGGGUAUCGGAUGGACCGCGGAUAUGGCUAUGAUCCAUCAUAUGUCUCACAUGCACACGGCUGGUCAUCUGGUCCAACGUCUGCGUUGACAGAGUUUGUUGUUGGUCUCUCUGUGGUCUCGCCACUAGGAUUGACGUGGAAAAUCGCGCCGCAAUUUGGAGAUCUAGGAUUUGCCGAGGCGGGCUUUGUCACCUCCCUCGGGAAAUUUAAGGCGUCUUGGGCUUUGAAUUCUAGUGGAUAUGUGUUGACUUUCUCGGUGCCGAAGGGUACUGUUGGGAAUGUCAUUUUGCCCUAUGUCACUGCGUCGAAGAAGCCUUCGAUCACCAUUGAUGGUAAUCAGCUGAUAAGAGGAGUUGCCUAUGUUGAUGGUACAGCAAUCUUCGAAGUGACCGGUGGCUCUCACAAGGUUAUUGUCAAGUAA